AUGAUAGAUACACGAGGUUGGUUGUGGUUUGGCUUUCGAUUUUUUAUUUAUUCAACUAUUCUAUCUAUUAUUUUCAUUGGUUUGCUAUGUGCUUUUGCUAUUUGGUAUUAUUGGUAUUUUGUUCGAUGUCGUUCUCGAAAUAGACGAGAAAUCAAUAAUGAAUUACAAAAUCGUUCAUUUACUUUUCAUACAUUGUCAUUUGAAAUAACUAAUAGUGGACUUAUUGCAUUGAAUAUUCAAAUAUCACCUUUAGAAAAACAACCUAUUGAAUUAGCACAAUUGAAUGCUCAACGAUAUAAGAUAAGUUCAUUAGAUAUACAGGAUGAACAAAUUAAUUUUAUUUUUACUAAAGCACAUAUUCUUUUAACUAUUAAACAUGAAUAUAUUGAACAGAAAAGUUCUCAAACAAAACGAACAUAUUUCGUACAUGAAUAUACAUUUCUUUGGUCUAGUUCACAUUAUCGAACACGUUUUACCGAUAAAUUUAAUUUAACCGAUACUGGUUAUUGGUAUGGUGGUGCUACACAAAAAACAGUAUAUUGGCCUAUCAAUCAAUUUGUAACCAAAUCUCAAGCAAUGAUUCCAAACGAUGCAUAUAAAAAUAUGUUUGGUAGUGUAUGUGAACGUUAUUGGUUAUCAUCACUUGGCGUAGCAUUAUUUGUUGAUCCACUUGUACCAUUAUUUGUAUCAAUGAAUACAAAACAUCUUGAAUUAUAUUCAGAAUAUCGAACACCAUAUCGACAAAAAGCUUUUAUUCCACAUAAAUUUCAAUAUAAACUUUUGCAACAUGUUAAUAUGCGGGAUCUUCAUAUAACAAUGAUUAAUCGUCAUUUAGGUAAACCAAUGCAUACACCUGAUCAUCGUAUGAUAAUUGAACCAAUUUGGUCAACAUGGGCACAAUUUAAACAAAAUAUUAAUACAGAAAAAAUAUUAAAUUAUGCUGAAGAAAUUGUUAAACGAAAUUUUCCACGUUCUCAAAUUUGUAUUGAUGAUAAUUGGACACCGCAUUAUGGAACAUUAGAUUUUGAUGAAAAAAAAUUUCCUGAUCCUAAACAGAUGAUCAUAGAAUUGAAGAAACUUAAUUUUCGUGUUACACUCUGGAUUCAUCCAUUUAUAUCAUGUAACUCAUAUCAAUUUAUUGAUUAUUGGCGUCGUAAUUUAUUAAUUAAUAUGAAUAUUAUACCAUCUAUAAUCGAAUUAGUUAUUGAACGUAGUCGAUUUUUACAAGUUGUCUUCGAUGACUUUUUAUCUAAUCCAGUUUUUCAACCUUUCAUGAAGUUAAUAAAACAUAUUCAUCGAAGAUUUCCUUUUUCAUUACCAGGUAUUUCAUUAUGGUGGAAUGGUUUAGCUGGUGUUUUAGAUCUAACAAAUGAAUCGGCACGAGAAGAAUUUACAUUAAAUUUACAACGUCUUCAAAAACUCUAUGAUAUUGAUAGUUUUAAAUUUGAUGCGGGUGAAGUUAAUUGGUUACCCAUAUUGAGUUCAUUUACAAAUUCAUCUUGUCAACAAGUAUCUGAAGAUAAAACAACAUUAAUAACUAGUCCUGUACUUUAUCCGUAUUUAUAUGCACAACUUGCACAUCGUAUUGAUGAAAAUAAUCGUUUACAAGAAGUACGAAUUGCUUAUCGUACACAAACAUUACCUAUAUUUGUUAGAAUUAUUGAUAAAGAUUCACAUUGGUCAUAUAAAAAUGGUUUACGAUCAUUAUUACCAAGUAUUUUCAAUUUAAGUCUUCUUGGUUAUCCAUUUAUUUUACCAGAUAUGGUUGGUGGAAAUGGUUAUGGUUUAACAAUAACUCAAACACGUUUACCACAACGUGAAUUAUAUAUACGUUGGCUUCAAUUAAAUGUUCUUCUACCAGCCAUACAAUUUUCUUUUCCACCUUGGCUUUAUAAUGAUGAACAAGUUAUUCGUAUAGCUCAUAAAUGUCUUGAAAUACGUGAACAUUAUCGUUCAAUUCUACUAUCAACAGCUGAAGAAUGUGUUCAAUAUGGAACACCAAUGAUUCGACCAUUAUGGUUUUCUGAUCCAUAUGAUAUGAAAGCACAAAUCUGUGAUAAUGAAUAUAUGUUAGGGAAUAAUUUACUUAUUGCACCAGUACUUGAAGAAAAUAUUACAGAAUUAAAAAUCUAUUUACCACAAGGAAAAUGGCAAUGUAUUCAUACACAGCAAAUUUAUGAUGGUCAACAAACACAUACAUAUCCAGUAACUAUUGAAGAUAUACCGAUUUUUGAACGAUAUUAA